UAUAGUUAGACAAGACAGAUUCAAAAUGCAAGAACUACUAAAGCUCUUUCUUCUAACUGGUCUCUUUACUCUUUCUUUAGCUCAGUGCUCAGGGAACUUUACUGAUUCUGCACAGAAUGUCACCAUUGAUUGGACUGUGAUUGAUAGCAACACUGUCAACUUUAUAUACACUGCUCCUUCUACUGAAACUCAAUAUACUGCUUUGGCUUUCUCUAACCAACCCAUAACUGCUGCAUCACUAGUUGGUACUGUUGCUCUUGAUGCUGUAUAUGCUGGAAAUGAUGGGACUUAUUCAUUUGUACAAGACAGGUGGGUUACAAGUAUAACCAAUAAUAUGUUGGAUACUGAACAAGAUCUUCAAAAUACAAGUGCUUUAUUAAGUGAUGGCUCUCUCACAGUUAAUUUCACUCGUCCAAUAAUCAGUCCUGAUAACUAUAAUCAAGAUCUUGAUCUAAACGUGUGUCAGUAUGUUAUUUAUGUAUUCAAUGGAGCAGUAAUGGGCUCAUUUUCAUCACCUAAUCCUACAUUUCUUCCUCCGCCUCCAACUGGAUUUGGUAUACUCCCCAUGCAGUUGUGUCUUCAAUACUGCGAAGAUGUUCCUUCCCCCUCUACUACUACUCCUUCCUCAACUGGUGCUGUGACAGUUAGUACAACAUCUGUUCAAAGUUCUCCCUCAAUUAGUACAUACAUUAGUGUGAGUGCUACUCCUACUGCUACUUCUACUAGUACUCCCAGUGGAGCUAGUGCAGGAAUGAUUGCUUCAGUUUUGCUUAUUAUGAUUGCUGUUGCCAUUGUCCUUCAUGUUUAAUACAAUGUA